AUGUACAACAUAUUUGGUCCCUUCGACGUGUUUUUGUGGAUUGGUAUUGUUGUCGAAUGCUGCAUUAUUUGGAUUCUAUUCUUAAUCAUCGAAGCGCCUGUGAAUCACGGCAUUGCCAAAGGAUUAAACUCAUUUCCAGACACGUUUUACUGGGUCUUUACGACCUUGGUAGGGGGUCCAGACAAGGCGCCUGAAACAACAGGAGGAAAAUGGAUAUUCUGCGCUCAUACCCUGUUUUCGAUCAUCAUCGCAGCUACUUACACAGGAGCUGUAGCCGCGUUCUUGACAUCUUCUGCUGGAGCAGCACAACUGAACGACUUUUCGAGCCUUGAGAGUGGAGCGUUCACGACAGUUGUGGUGGGGCCAGCAUGCCCAGACACGGCAUCGUGGUCAGCCAAUUGGCGAGGGACGUACAACGGGGGAAAUAGCAAAUACUCCUGCAGCUCAACAGGGAGCGUACAGUUCGAAUACUUGCAACUGUUGCAGAGGUCUUCCAGCUCCAUCAGCUUCUCCAUUUUCACCACGUCGGGGCUGUUCUCCAAGUAUGCCAAUGGGCAGACCUUGAUGUACAGCAAGACGGUGGAUCCCUGCUCUGUCAAGGAUGCUCAGUUGGGAGCCUUUGACAUGGUCAUGUGCGGGAUCAAUGGGUCUGCUGGACCAGAUUCCAUGUUCGCCAAUGGCCCAUCUGUGGUAUAUGAGCUGACAAGGAGGUUCAAAGAAACUGGAAGCUGUCUUUUGGCAACCAAAGGUUCGCAGUUCAAUCCAAGCGGUCUUGGAAUUGGCUUCCCAUUCAAUGGAGAACUUCAGAUACCGUUCUCUGUAGCGGUGCUGAACGCCUCUUCGAAUGGACUGGUAGAGAAUCUCAUGGCCGAAUUCAAAGUCAGGAAUGUUGAUAAUCCAUGCGUAUAUGUGGAUCCUGGAAAGGGAAAGACUCUUACCUUGCCCGAGAUGUCUGGAUUGUUCGUGAUUACUUUUGCUGGAUUUCUAGUCGCAUUUCUCCAGGCAAUCUUCGAGCGAUACUUCUAUGACAAGGAGUUGAAACAGGAGCAAGAAAGGAUGGAGUUGGAGAAUGCUGAGAUGGAUGUCGUUGAAGAGUGUGAGGUUGAAGCAUCGGAAGCACCCGCAUCUCAAGCUUCAGAAGAUAGCGAUCUGACAGUAGAGAAGAUGCAUCAUGAAGAGCACAACUUAGAUUAUGGUGAGGUCAACGAAUACCUAGACGAUUUGAUCCAGCAGACUAACAGAAUUAAGGCUUUGGCUCAGAAAGUGGUUGAACAACGAGAAAGAGACAAAAACGAAGCAAAGAACACAACAGAAAACGAGCCUCAAGCAAAUGGCCACAAGACAAUGGACUGGGCUGGGUCUAUAGCAAAUGUUUUCUCUAGAACAACAGAUAGUUAAUGAUUGGCUUAUUGUUAUCAAACGCCUUCAGUUUCC